CCACAGUGCGAUGCAUAAAGUCAUGUAAAGCAGAGGAUACACUCUCACAGGGCUGGCAGUAAAGACAUGUUUCCAUGGCAGACAUCUAACGCCACACGUUCACUGAAGAGGCUCCGUGCGUGAGGCAGGAGCAGCCGGAUCCACACUGGGCACUGCAGCGCACACAAUCACUAUUUGCUAGUGUGUGUUUCUUGGUUUUUUUGGAGACGCCAUAUGUACUCUCUUCCGCGCGCAGCUUCCAUGAGUGUCUGCAAACAUGUCUUUUUUAUCCAUACCACAACAAGAGGGCCUUUUUACCACGAUUAAAAUCGACGAAUCCUCCGUGGAGGUAGAGAGUAGGUGCAUGGACGACGAGGGCAAUGAUGAUGAUGAUGAAGACGAUGACACCGGGAACGUGCACCUCAUCCCAAGAUCCUCCCCGGUGCCCAGAAAGCGAGGCCACUCCAUCUACGACGAGGAUGCCGAGUAUAUGCGGAUCCAUUUGGCGCUGUCAUCCCGGAAGAAAGUGUCAUUCGCCGAUACAACAGGUGGGGAUCUGGUGGAUGUGAAGGAAUUUAUUGCCUUUGAUUCGGACAGUGAAGAGGAAAGUGCAAGAUGGGAGGAAGAGGAGGCAAAGUACCGAAAGCCGGAGCGAGAGCCAACCUAUCUUGUGCACCCAGAGUUCUACGCGCCCGGCGGCAGUGCCCUGCUGCAGGCUGUGCACGCUCACAAAGUGGAGGUUGAGCAGAUGUCUCCUGCAGAGAAUGAGCCUCUUGCCUUCAGUGGGGUAAUACGAGUCCUGAACAUCUCCUUCCACAAAGCAGUGUACAUCAGAUCCACCAUGGACAGCUGGGCGUCUUACUAUGAUCACCCUGCAGAGUAUGUCCAGGGAUCUCAUGAUGGGACCACUGAUCAGUUCUCCUUCAAGCUGUCCUUUGCGCCUCCUUACAUCACACAUGGCUCUCGCAUUGAGUUUGUUGUGCGCUAUGAGACCUCUGAUGGUGAUUACUGGGCCAAUAACUCCUCUCUGAAUUACGUGGCGACUCUGCUCCUGUCCUACGAAGAAGAUUCUGCUCAGACAAAUUACGACCUGCAGCAAAUCAGAGGUAUCCUGAAACCUCCGAAAGCUUACAGUAUGGACGAUGCUUUCGAUUCCGAGGACGAGCAGGAAAAGGACGAAGAGACCCGCAGGGCCGGACUCGUCAGGCCGACAGCUGUCCGCUCAGCCGUGCAGCCGGAGAUCGACAUCGAGAUUGCAGUUCACCCAUCUGGUCCCUGUGUCCCCCCCAACCAAGAGCUUCCAUCUGUUGAUGGCACACUAUCCGCUCACACUGUAUCCCCAGGUGAACAAUUCCCGUGUAUGUCUUCCGAAACCACACUUCAAACUGAUUCAUCCUUUGUACUCUGUGCCAGCGAGUCGCUCCAGCCAAAUAAGUCACAGCCUUUACCCAGACUCCACUGUGAAUUAGGCAACCAAACGUCAGAGCAGCGCAAAGACGGAAGUCCCUGUGCACCGCUGCCUGCUUCAACUCCCUCCCCACAACAAGAGUCAAGUCCGAGAUCAGACAGCUCCCAGGCUACCGGAGAGGAAAUCCCUCCCUCUGAGGCCUCACGCAUGCAUCCUCCUACCACAGAGACGAAUCUGUGGCCAGCAACAGGAGAGGACGAAUCGACCGACAGCACGGCCGGCCGUCCUCCUCUUGAACUGCCCGCUGAGUGUGUCUCUGCUCCCAGUGUGACUCGGGGCUUGGAGCGAGAGCUUGCAGUGGGAUUGAGUGAAUUUGUUGCAGGAUUAUCAGGAGGUUCCACCAGGUCUGCAGCAAAUCACGAAGACAGCACGCCUGCACUCUUGUCUCCUGUGGCAGAGAGUGAGACGUCUCUGGGAGCUGAAGGUGAAACUCCACCGUCACCUGAACUCACAGAGGACUUAGCUUUUCAGUCGGCCUCAGCCCGGGAAGAGAAGGCCCCUGACGCAUUAGUAGAGGUUCCCGAGCUUCAGUCUGAACAUGACGCAAACAGGAAUCUGAUGCCAUCCAUCGUCUUCCUGAGCGGAGUUGUCUCCCUCUCAAUAGUGUUGCAGGAACCCAGCGCCCUCUUCAUUAUCGGACUACUUUGGGUCUUGCACCUGUUGUGAUUAUACCACCAACGUUCAUUCUCAUCUGUUCUCAAUUGAAGUGCCUUUUCAUGAUUCCAAAAUAAGCCAACAAGUUAAAAAAACAAAACACGAAUCUCCUGUUGAAGUUGUGUAUCACUGUGUGAUGUUAGAUUAGUGUACGCUUUCAUGAAAUGAAAGGGUACAAGUUAUGAUUCUCCAAUGCAAGGAGAAAGUAAUUACACUAAUAUGUUCAUGCAUUCUGUGAAACAAGUGUUAAGUAAUAGAUUAGCAGUCCAUUAUUACCACAUUUCUACAACACUAAGGGCGGUUCACACCUACAGGUCCUGUUCUUGAACCAUGAUGAUACAACUGGUGCGGUUUGCGUUCACAAAGGCUAAUCUCAAACGGCCCAGAAAUUGUAAACAAAAGUCAUAUCAUGUGUGUGGAUGAAGCAUUAAGUUGUUACAUUUUACACAUUUAGGGGCUGGCUAGUUAGCUAGCUAACUUGCUAAUUCCGCCAUGCUUUCAUGCUACACUGGUUACAGAAAAUGUACCUCUCAUCUGGCGAUCGCAGUGUGCUUUCCAACGCUGCGACUAAGGAGUGUGAAUGAAGUAUGAAGUUGUUCAAUUUUACACAUUUAGUGGCUGGUUAUUUAGCUAGUUAGCCUGCUAAUUCCACCAUGCUUUCAUGCUACACUGUGUUAGCUGAACAGCAGGCUGGUGCGUUGGGUGGUGCGCUAGCUAGUUAAUUAUUGCCUCAUUUGUGGUUUGAUAAACAGUAAAUUCAUCAACUGCAGUGGUAUCAAACACAUAAAUGGGCUACUAGUUCACACGUCACUAAAACAGGAAAAUAAAACGUUUUUUUAACCAAGAAAAUGGCACAUAAAUGGUGCACUUCCUGUUAUUGGUCUGAAUGAUGUUCACAUCAGUAGUUCACCGCUCCAGAGUUCACUCAGCGGUCUGAGACCUUCGUGGCGAACCAGAGAACGGUUGUUUGGCGAUUCAGAGUUCGAUUCCGGCUUCAACAUCAACCCAAACAAAGCGCACCAGGGGUUCAACCGGACUGAACCAGACGGCUGUGAAUGCGCCCUAAUACUCCAGCACAGUAUAUCGUGAUGUUUUGUAAGUGGUCAGUAAUUACUUUUUUCUUGUCAUGUGGUGAUGUGGUGUUAUAUUCUGAUUUAUUCAAUCAGUCCUAUAAUGCAUUUGAGUUUUGUCAUUGUUGUUGUGAGCGUAACUACGGAUGAUGUUUAACCCCACUGCCAUGAAUUUAACUUUUGUGAAUUCCACGUGUUGUUACGUCUUUAAUGAAGGACACAAAACAUUACUGUCGUGGGACGCUAAAGAGAUUUGUUUUUCACAAAUGGAAUUUUGUUUACAAAAUGCAAAACCUGGUUAUGUGAAGUAUUUUUUGCCUUAAUGCCUAAAACAAACCGACCUGUAGUGAACCUGUGACGCUGCUCGAGGGACAAAAGUGGAAUACAAUCCAGUGAGACGAGUGGAAGUGAUCUUUAUUUAUCACUGGAGAACGACGACGUCCUCACUGUAUUUUAUUUGAUAAGUCUUCCUGUUGAUUCUUGCUAGUAGGGGUGGCCCCACGAUACAACAUUUUCUUGAUACUAACAUCCGAUCUUAAACAUUUUGCGUUCAGUUUGUUUUAUCUAAUAAGAUAAAGAUUUCUUUCUCCGACGUCUCCAUUUUGGUUUUGACCAAUGUCCUGCUAGUCCUGCUGACCUCAUCAGGGAAACGACUCCAUCUACUGCACUACCGAAAGUUUAAUUUGUAUUUAAUAAUAAUAAUUUAUAUAAGAAAAGAUCGAUACUUGGCGUCCGUGUAUCGUUUCAAUACUGCCGCGCAAAAUAUGCAAUACUAUGCUGUAUCGAUUUCCCCCACCCCUACUUGCUAGUAAACCCAUAUUGUUGUUGCACAACAUGACGUUUUAAAGCACUACUUCAACAACCUCACAGACAGACUGAGGCACUGAAUGACAUGUUUGAAGUGAUGCAAGUGUUUGCAGUGUAUUGCCAUUAAACGUGGUCCUAUAUCCUGGACCACUACACGUCUUUGUUCAUUUAUUUUGUCUUUUCAUCCGCUCUGCAUUGAUUAAAGUGUGCAUGACAGUUGCAUGCACAGUAAUGACACUGCAGUGCAGAGAGACGGACACAAAAAUAACAGCAGCGCCUUUAGUGCCUCUGUCUCCAGUUUGUUCAGCUUGAAGUGGAAAUACACGCACGGCAACAUGAGCUGCAGAUAGGAGCCAAAGGUCGCGCAUUGCACUGAAGUCAUGGUGUCAUGCCAGAGAGCACACAGGCCAUUGUAAGCUGAGCUCAGUGUUUUAAAGCUCUCAGGAAACCUCAGGUGCUGCCUGAUGAGAUGACUACUUCUGAUUAUAGACAUCGACUGAUAUCUUAAAAACAUCUUUAUUAAUAAACACGGGAGCCUUGAAGAGUUAUGAAACUACUUCAGUGUUUUCCUGCUGAAUCAAUCUGUAAACUUUAUUAACUUCACGCCUACAAACGUCCUUGGAUGUCAGGUA